UUGAACUGAGGACCAGUAUCCAAAACUACGACUUUUCCGGGGCGUGUAAGGAAAGUCCCGCGAGCUCGAGCUCCUAAACAUGUCAAGCUGUCCACAUGGUCGCCACUAUAACGCGUUUAUUGAUGAAGCUAUCGCAUAACUAAUAAAAACACACAGAUUUCAGGGUAUAAUGAGAUAUCAGUAUGGAUGUUUUGCAAAGACCUUCUAUCCCUGAAGACGCGGUCCAGUACCAGCUGUUUCUGGUUCAUCCUGAAUCAUCAGAAACAGAAGCCCAUGAGAGAUUCCUCCAGCAGAUCCUGCAAAACAUCCUCGCUGAGCUCGCCCCUCUUCUCGUGCAGUACAUCUGGCAGCAUCAGCCCUUCAAUCUAAGAUACCACCCUGAGAAAGGAGAUGUGCCUGCGCACCUGGGCGGUGUUACUCAGUUCGGUGAUAAUGUGGAGGACGAAUGGUUCAUCGUCUACCUGCUCAAACACAUCACACGCACCUUUAGUGAUAUAGCCGCUGUUGUCUGUGAUAAUGAUGGACAGUUUCUUCUGAUUGAAGCAGCUGAACACCUGCCAAAGUGGCUGGAUCCUGACAGCAGUGAAAACAGGGUGUUCCUGUACCGGGGAGAGCUGCACAUAUUACCCAACCGCACACAUUCUGGAGAGGCUGGCUGGCCCAGAGACUCAGUGCCCACUGUGGCGCAGGCUCUAGAGGUGCUGCAUUCACACACUGAGAGCUGUUUAGCCAAACAGCCCAUAUGCGCUGCUCUGACCAAGAGGCUUGAUGGGUAUCCAGAUAAAAUCCAGCAGAAUUUCCACCGCGCCCACUGUUAUGUGCCUGCGGGCAUCGCUGUGGUGUUGUCUAAGAGGCCUGACCUUAUAGCCCCUGCCGUGUCUGCUUUCUAUCUGCGUGACCCUGUUGACCUCCAGGCCUGCCGAACUUUCCACACGUUUACCCCUGACACUAGAGUUAUGACAUCAGUAAAGUUUACUCACUGCUUGUACGCACAGCUGCAACAACAGAGUUUUGUUCCAGAUCGGCGGAGUGGUUUCACGCUUCCUGUCCACUCUCAUCCCCAGUACAGAGCUCAUGAGCUGGGAAUGAAACUGGCUCAUGGAUUUGAAAUCCUGUGCUCCAAGAGUGGACAGUCCUCCUCAGAGAAAGAGGCUUCAGUCAGCAGUAACCCACUGUGGAGAGGCUUUUUAGAUAGUCUCAAAAAGAAUGGAUACUUUAAGGGUGAACUAGAAGGAUCUGUUCGAUACAAAGACCUAAUGACAUCAGCAGAGAGUUUCUUCAGACAGUCUGUAACCAGCACUCACCGCCUUGCUAUUCAAAAUCCUGGUCAAGAGAUGUUGAAAGUCUUGGAGGACACCUCUUACAGUUUGGAAGAUCUAAAAAAUCAAGAGGCACAUCUACCACCAGAGGACAGUGAUGCGUGGUUAGACAUCUCACCUCAGGAGCUGGAGAGGCUGCUCGAGGAGAGAGGAGGUCGAGGGGUGAGCGAUGGCACUUGCAAAACAGCACAACCUGAUGAGGAGGUUCAGGAGGAAGAAGCUGGCUACAGUCUGAUAGCUGUAACACAAGGCAUGAAGAACUUCAUCAAUGCCAUGUCCUCUCAUGAAGGAGCUGAAAUACCCAGUUCUUGCUUGGCUCAGCCCUUCAGCUUUGAUCCAGAUGCAGUAACCAGUGCACUUGAUAGACUUCUAGGAAGUAAGGAUGAAGAGUUAGACUCUGAUGACUUUGAGGAUGAUGAUGAAGAGGACGACAAUGAUGUCGAUGAGGAUGAAGGAGUGCAGAAUUGCGAGUCUCAGGAGCAGGCGGGUGCAGAGGCACUGGACAAUCUGAGGAAAUACAUGGAUGAAAUGGACCAGGAACUGCAAAGCACAAAUAUUGGCAGAAGUUUUACACUGAAUAACAGAGCCAGUAAUAAAGCAGAUGCAUCUAAAAGCUCUUUGGCCGAAUUGGGGUCAGAGCUUGUUGAGGAAGAAAUUCAGCCACUUGAUGUGGAUCUCAACCUGGUUUCAAAUUUACUAGAGUCUCUCGCUUCUCAGGCAGGGCUUGCUGGGCCUGCAUCUAACCUUCUGCAGAGUCUUGGCAUCCACAUCCCGCCUGAUGCAGAUCAAUCCUGAUAUGUCAAAUUGAAGUGGGAAAAAUCAACUCCCAGAGACUUAUCACGCACUCAGCAUUCCUUCACCUAGUGCACAUCAGCAGUUUCUCUAUCAGAUGGCUAUAUUUAUGGUGUUCUGUUCCACACCCAGUACUGAAUUGUGAAUUGUUACAUCCCAGCAUUGGUGUUGCCUUCAACACAGAGCACUUCCAUACAAAAAACUAACUGGGAAAUUUCUUCUCUUAGAAAUUGUUUAUCAUGUUGUUCUCAAUUAAAUAUUACUUUAUCUUUUUGAAUAAAGAUGUUUUUCUAGGAUGUUUCAUUAA